GGGCAGUCUGCCCCCACCCAAGUGCACACACGUAGCAGAAUCGUCAAAUGAGCGGCCACCCUUGGACAAUGUUGAUAGCAUUCCGAUUGAGCAUACAGCAUAUCACUCAAGUUACUUGAGUCACCAUGCGGAAAGAUCGCCGCCUAUUUCAGGGCCAUUCCCCCCUCCUUGAGGACAGCCUUCCAAUUUCCCCUCAAGUGCUCCGAAUAGCAGCUAAGUUGAAACAGGUCCAUUAGUCUAUUACCUUCACCGUCCUCGACAGCCUACUCUUGCUUUUGGGGUAUUAAGGCAAGAUUCACCAAGCGCUUACGAGAAAACACUGAGAAACUUUUGCGAAUGAAGCUCUUUGACAUCUUCCAUACGUUUGGCAGCCACCUCGGUGUCAUCGCGCAUUGCGCAACGCGCGACCACGAAGGACCUAAUCGGUCUUCUAGAGAGUUUGCCAUACCUAUGCUCAGCCCGCGGAACUUCGCCAGGGAAGCUUCUCCUCAAUUCUGCAAAGGGAAAUCUUAUGAGAAACGAGCCACAGCCAGCGACAUCUCAUACAAGGGCAACAUCGGUAUUGACGGCAACUACGGGUGCAACCUCAUGUUAGUUCAGAAUCACCUCGCGACUCUGUACGAUUACACCGUCACCUUUACCAAUGGUGCCGGGUUAGCCCAGAGAUGUGUUUGCUGGUUGAAAAUCGGUCCACAUGAAGGAAUCAACGGGUUCUUCCAGGGAAACCAAGUCCUCGAAUUCAGCCUCCCUGGUCAUAGCAGACAGGUUCUUGCCAUUGACACAGACUCACAAGGUGGCUGCGCCUGUGGCAACCCAAGGGUCCCAGUCACUGCGUAUGGACAGUUUGCGUCUUCAUGGUUGGAGUUUGACAUAGCUAACGCUGCUAAUGGCGGUUGGUCUGGAGCCGAUGCGUCUUGCUUGGUGUCUGCUUUUUACGGUCUCGAUAUCCCAGGCCUCCAAGUCUGCAGUUAUGAUGUGUGCUCUACCGUCAAUCCCGGCGGCACUGGCACUAAUGCCUACAUUGGUGGCAUGGAGAACGAGGAUGGAAUUGGCCUUAACAUACCACCGGGGCAAGUCCAAUUGGUUGUAACUGUUGGGUAUGGUGGUGGUUAAGUAACACUGACACUAUGGAGUUUAACUUUGACGGGCAC